CAGUUGACAUACAGUAUCUUCUAAUUCAACUACUACCAAGACAAUUAAAACAAUGAAAACCAUUGUAUUAGUAUCAGCUCUGGUAGCGGUAGCGUUCGCAGCUCCUCAAGGAUCCCAGGCGCCAGCAGAACCUAUUCCCAUUUUACGACAGGACAGUCAAGUCAAUGGUGAUGGGUCGUAUCAAUAUUCUUACGAAACGGGAAAUGGAAUUAGUGCAGAUCAGAAAGGAGACUUGAAGAAGGUUGGUGACGUUGAAGCUUUAGAAGUGCAGGGUCAGUUCCAAUAUCCCGGAGACAAUGGCAACAUUCAGCUGUCUUACGUUGCUGACGAGAACGGCUUCCAACCCCAAGGCGCUCACCUACCCACUGCCCCCCCAGUACCAGAGCCCAUACAGCGCGCUCUUGCCUACCUUGCAACUGCCCCCCCACAACCUGAGCAGCCAAAGCAGUAAAUUAGUCAACUGAAA